CAGUAUAAUUAAUGAAUAUUUUACAGAAUUGCUGAAAAGGAAACUUAUUUUGUCUUCUUUUCCAACCUGUACUGUGUGUAUUGUAAGACCUACAAAUGACUUUGAUUAUACAAGAGACCUUUGUCAGUAUUAGUUCCGGAAGUUAUCGAGAUUGACAAUCAAGAGUGAAACUUAGAAAGUGCUACACUGCCGUGCGCUCAUUUUCCAGGGCGGUACACUACGGGAAUCGGGAUUGCAUUAUACUGGGCCGGCUUUUUUCUGUCGCAUUCAGUGGCUGGCGAUAAUCAGGUACAUUUCUCCUAAGCGAUCGAUCUACUGGUGUGUUGGCUUAACAGGAAAAACUGCAGCUUACUAUAAACUCCGAAACCAAUAUUUAUAGAAAGCUAAUACAAUCUGUUAAGGUAGCAGGGAAGACGGUUUUGUUUUUCGGAUUAUCAUCAAAUGUUGUGUAUUUGAUCAUAUCUUACUGUUGUGGCAUUUAGAGGAUUAAUCUCUGGAAUAUUUAUAAUAAAACACGUCAUCCAAUUAAAGCAAUAAUGAUUAAUCUAACUCAUAUGUAUAGGAAAUCUUGGUGAAAUAUCCGUUCGGAAGAAAAGGACAAACGGGUAUAGAAAAAUGAACUUUUCUGAUUGUAUGAAUUUCAGUACUACUAUCACUAUGAUCAACUUUGAAAACUGUUCAACUUGGAAUGACACUUUUUUGGAAAUGACCUCAGACCAAAACGGAAGUACCCGUGUUCGACCACCUGUAGGCAAAUGGAGUCCCCCUCCACUGACCAAUCUGGAACUGGUCGUGGUUCCACUCUAUAUCCUUAUAUUCUGUCUGGCGGUGAUAGGGAAUAUCCUGGUGAUUCUGACACUGGUCCAGAACAAACGUAUGCGGACUGUGACCAACGUCCUACUCCUGAACCUCGCCGUCAGCGACCUACUCCUUGCCGUGUUUUGUAUGCCAUUUACGGUGAUUCCGAUGUUAAUGAGGAACUUUAUAUUUGGUGGGAUUGUGUGCAUUAUGAUCAGGUAUUUUCAAGGUGUGUCUAUUGCCGUGAGCUGCUUCACUCUGGUUGCAUUGUCUUUGGAGCGAUACUUCGCCAUCUGCAGACCCUUAAAGUCCAGAUCGUGGCAGACGUUAUCGCACUCCUACAAAAUCAUCGCCGUCUGUUGGACCUCGGCGCUCGUGGUCAUCCUUCCGGUCCCUAUCCACACCAAGCACAGGGUGUAUCAGGGGGCAGGUGUAAGUACGUGCCGGGAGGAGUGGUCGAACCCUGACUUUAAGAACGCGUACAGCAUCAUGCUUCCCAUCCUCUUACUGGCUAUUCCCCUCAUCAUCAUGAGUCUGGCCUAUGGAAUGAUCAGCAUUACUCUGUGGUCUGGAAUGAAACUCGACCAAAAAAGCGAGAUGGAGGCAAGAAAUGGCACACGAAAACCUAUUGACGAUGAAACUUCAUCUUUUCUUCGAAUGGACGAUACUUCAUCCUCAAAUGGAACUCCAAUUUUCUCCACAAAAAAAUUAAAAUCGUGUGAGACUUUAAGACAAAAUGGAAAAUCAUGUCGAAUAAAUCUACGCGGAGGAAUUCGACAAACAAAUGGAGAAAAAAGUAGAGCCGCUAAGAAGCGGGUCAUUAAGAUGCUGUUCGCAUUAGUUUUUGAGUUUUUCUUAUGUUUGACACCAUUUUUCGUUUUUCAGACUUGGUUAAUAGUUAACCCAGUUAGUGUUAAGAAAUAUCUUUCCGGCGAAGGUUUAAUGUUUUUGAAUCUCCUAGCGUACGUGUCUACGUGUUGUAAUCCCGUGACGUACUGUUUCAUGAACAGAAACUUUAGACAAGGCUUUCUGUCAGUGUUUCGGUGUCUGUACAUGCGGCGAGUAAAGAGUGAUGCGUCUUUUUACGUGAAUGGUGGUUCAAGCGUGUCCAGAACGAAUAUGAGUCGGAUUCCAUCUUACGACAAAAUACAACAGGAAAACACUGGCGAGUUUCUCAUGGUGGGAAAAUAACUAGAAGGACAACAAUGUAACCUCUUUGCGACUGGAGUGGCAGGGAAUGAGAUUCGAUGAAAUGUAAUCAGUUGGUUCUCUUAUCAUUGGUUUUUACCUCAGAAACCCCAAGAUUUAAUCCGUGCAUUGAUAAAUCUGUAUUGAAUUUUUGAAAAACAUAUAAAAUGAAAAUGACUGUUGUAUUGUUAUUGAUUCCUUUGAUUUAUCUAUUCUUAUGGGACAAAAAUUAUAAUUAUUGUAUAAGGUUCAUGAAUUAUCAAUAUUUUUUAUGUUACAUGAAAACAUUAAUGGACUUCCAAUGUUUGAAAUCUUGAAGUCUAAUUUUUAUUUUUUUUCUUAGAUAGCAUGCUAUCUUCUCGUUAAACUUUAAAACUGAAUGAAAUGAUAAAUAAAAAUA